AUGUGGCUGACGGAAAAAUAUUACGGCCUUCGAGGCAAGAGCCUCAACUAUGCAAUCGUCUGCAUUGCAGGCGUGGACUUUUUGCUCUUUGGAUAUGACCAGGGCGUCAUGGGAGGCAUCCUCACGCUUCCCGUCUUUCUUGGCCAGUUCCCGUCCAUCAACCCCGAGGCCGAGGGCCUGACGUCGACCGAGUCGGCCCAACGUGCCAGCAACCAGGGUAUCGCCAUCGCGUCUUACAAUCUCGGCUGCUUCCUGGGCGCCAUCAUCGCCAUCUGGAUCAGCAACCCCCUCGGACGCAAGCGCAUGAUCAUGCUUGGUACCUCCAUCAUGGUCGUUGGCACCAUCGUCAAGAUCACUGCGUUUUCUCUGGUGCAUCUGGUCAUUGGGAGAAUCAUAAUGGGGCUAGGCAACGGCAUGAACACCAGCACGGUACCGACGUGGCAGUCCGAGACCAGCAGCUCGCACAAGCGCGGCAAACUCGUCAUGAUCGAAGGUGCGCUCAUCACCUGCGGCAUCAUGAUCUCGUAUUGGAUCGACUUGGGCUUGUCUUUUGCUCCUGGCUCUGUGGCCUGGAGGUUUCCCAUCGCGUUUCAGCUCGUCUUCUGCUUCUUCAUUCUCGCCUUUGUCUGGAACCUGCCCGAGUCGCCGCGCUGGCUGAUCCUCAAGGGCCACCACGAAGAGGCCAAGUCGGUCAUCGCAGCCAUUGCAGACCUCGACGUCGAGGACAGCUUCGUCAAGAACGAGUUCCUCGCCAUCAAGGAGACGGUUGAGGAAAUGUCCAAAGGCAGCUUCCGAGACUUGUUCGCAACCAACGAGAACAGGAAUCUGCACCGAACAUUCCUGGCAUACCUCAACCAGGUGUUCCAGCAGAUUUCCGGCAUCAACUUGAUCACUUACUACGCGGCCGUCAUCUACUCGGGACUGGGCAUGUCGGACUUUAUGUCUCGGUUGCUGGCGGCGCUGAACGGCACCGAGUACUUUAUAGCGUCGUGGCCGGCCGUGUGGCUGGUGGAAAGGGUGGGAAGGAGGAAGCUGAUGUUAUUUGGCGCCACCGGACAAGCCCUGACCAUGGCGGCCUCGGCAGGUGUCACGUCCAGGUCCGAGCAGGGCUUCCAGAUCACGGGUGUGGUGCUCCUGUUCAUCUUCAACACUUUUUUCGCCAUCGGUUGGUUGGGCAUGACGUGGUUGUACCCGGCCGAGAUUGUGCCUUUGAGAAUCAGGGCCCCGGCCAAUGCGCUGUCGACGUCUGCCAACUGGAUUUUUAACUUUAUGGUGGUCAUGAUUACCCCGGUGGCUUUCAACUCCAUCAAGCACCAUACCUACACCAUUUUUGCCAUCAUCAACGCCAUCAUGGUCCCGUCCGUCUACUUUUUGUUCCCCGAGACGGCUUACCGGUCACUUGAAGAGAUGGACACCAUCUUCCAAAAGGUGCAUGGGUGGAAGGGGCUGUUUACUGUCGUUAAACAGGCCGAAAUCGAGCCCAGGCGCUAUGGAAAGAACGGCGAACUGCUUUUGGAUGUCGAUGCCGCCCACCGUGCCGAAAAGGGCGACUCGAGUUCUGGAACUGGGCGAGAGAACGAGCACAGGGAGCAGAACCCACCAACAAUAGUUCCAGAACCACAAACCUUAUUUGCACAAGUAACCACUGAUCAUUCAUCCAUUGCAGCAAUGUCCGACAUCCCUCGAGUUCCACCCCCAUGGGUGCUCAAAGCUACGGCCUAUGCUUUUGGCUUCUGGGUACCCAGAAAAGAAGUUCGCGAGAAAGGAUUGCCUAGCCACAUCGCCUACUCGCCACUCGAAGCUUCAUCCUCGUAUGCAAACCCGGAAAACAGCAGACCGCUGGGCGGCCUGGCCAUGGUCGAAAUCUUUCGGUAUACCGAGUCGCCAGUUGGACCGUACGACGAGAUCAUCCUAACACCAGGUUUCCACGAGUACACGGUCGACGGCAAGGACGGCAAGCCCGAGAAGAGGAAGAACACGCGAGUGACGAGGAUCUACGUCAGCCAGAAACACACGUGCUGGAACGGGAGGAAGAGUUGGAACAUUCCCAAACACCUGGCGCACUUCGAAUGGACCACCAACCCCGACGGCUCCGAGACGGUGCGCGUUUUUCCCUACGACACAACCGGCGACGCCAGCGAGGCCACCGCCAGCACGAUCCCAUUCUUCCAGGCGACCAUCAAGCCGGUGCCGUACGUCCCCGCCUUUCCGGUGUCGCUCAAGCCGCUCAGGUAUCUCGGCCUCGACGUCACCAUCGUGGCGCCGCCGCUCCCAGAGGGCAAGGGAAGUCAGGGCGAACUCCCGGGGACGGACAAGUGGUGCUCCAUCCUGCCGGGGAUAUCUUCUCCGAGGUCCAUGCUGGCGUGGUUUGACAUCAAGCAGCCAGAACACGGACUGAGCGCAGAGGAGGCCAAGAGCAGAGGGAUGAGCACCGAAGAAAACUUUUGGCCAGGUCUGGGGAGGUGGCAGUUUGGGGUCAAGAUGGAGAACACGACCGUGGAUUUCCCCGAGGCCGAGUAUUGGGAUCCACCCAAGUCGCAUUUAUAUUGGUUGGUCGCCGAGAUAUAUGAUGUGGCCCCCAGUGUUGCUGUCUCCCGUCAGCAGAGGACCAUCGGCCGACUGCUCACCAUGGCGUUGCGACUUUUUGCAAUAUUUUCGAUGCUGACCGUGGCUGAUACAGAUACUGGCAAUUGGCUCUUGUCCGAAGUAGAAUAUCUAGCCUCACUCGGCUCCCGCCGUACUGGGUCUUGUGCCCAUAACCGUCUCAUCGACCGGAUACAAGGUCAGCUCGAGUUGCUUGGCCUACAGGUCCAUACCGAUGUGUGGACUUUCGACUAUGAGCAUGUCUCCUCUCUCAACCCAGGCAGGCUGUGGAUCAAAGGCCAUGAACUGCGAGUUUCAUCCACGGCGCCCUACUCCGGCCACACUCAAGGCGUCACGGCGCCGCUGGUGGCCAUCUCGGGAUCUACCGGCGAGACGGAUUGGUCGCCUGCCAAAGACGCCAUAGCUGUGGUCAACAUUACUAACACACCAGUUGAUCUCAGCGUCAUCACGCCCAUCUGGCCCGGCUCGCCAUCGUGGAAGCAAGGGCCCGUAACCGCAGUGCCUAGCGUCAGCGCCAACCCGGUUGUGGCGCGGCUGGCAGGCGCUCGCCAGGCAGGCGUCAAAGCAGCCAUCUACGUCUGGGAUGGCAUCACUGAUGAUCUAGCCAUGGGUCUGUACGCGCCCUUCAACACCGGCUGGCUCGGCACUCCUGCCAUUUUCGUGUCUGGCUCCUCGGCAGAUGUAGUGCGAGCAGCCCUAGCGGCCAACGACACAGCGACAGUCUCUUUGCCAGGCAAACUAGCCCCAAACACCCCAACCCGCACCAUCUGGACCGUCAUACCAGGCACAACCCACCCCGACGAGUCGGUGCUGCUGACCACGCACACGGACGGGACCAACAUUGUCGAAGAAAACGGCCACAUCCCCUUGCUGGCGUACGCAAAGCUCCUAGCCGACCACCCGCCGCGUCGAACCACGGUGCUGGGCUUCGUCACGGGCCACAUCCACUCGGCGGCCUUUACCGACACGAAGCGGUCGACGAGCCGCUGGAUGGCAGAUCACCCCGAGCUGUGGAACGGGACGGGCGGGAGCAAGGCGGUGUUUGCGUCGUGCGCCGAGCACCUAGGCGCGGUUGCGUACGCAGAAGACGUCGGGGCGGGCACAUAUAGGUCGACGAAAAGGCCGGAGGACGAGAUAUUGUACGCGUCAACGGCCGAGCUCGCGGCUAUACUGCGGAGGGACUGGCGCGGUGCAGACCCUAAAGUUACGAGAGUGGUGGAUCCCAGUCAGGGACCUGUUGAGCAGUUUGGGGAGGGGUUGCCGUUCUUUUGGGCCGGCAUCCCCGAGGUGUCGCUGAUAACCAGUCCAAGCUGGUUGCUCAAUGAGUUUUCACAUCUCGAUGGCUUUGACGAGAGGCGGCUGAUCGAUUUGGAGGCGCUGAAGAGACAGGUCGACAGCUUUGUGAGACUUGGAUUCCGCUACAAUCAUCUGUCAGUCACAUCAAUCAUCUGUUGGUCACAUCAAUCAUCAAUUUCACCAUGUUUGCCGUCAUCUUCGAAACGCGCCCUCACCCAUCCCAAUUUGAAACCUAUCUCGACAUCGCCAAGUCCCUCCGUCCCGAGCUGGCAAGCAUCGACGGUUUCAUCCAAAAUAUCCGGUACAGAUCCCUCACCCGCCCAGGAUGGAUUCUUUCAUUGUCCUUUUGGCGUGACGAAAAGUCGCUCGUACGAUGGCGCACGGCAGCAAAGCAUCACAUGGCUCAGGAGAAAGGCCGCGACGGCGUACUGGAGGACUAUCACCUUCGCGUGGGCCAAGUCACUUCCAGCGUUCGGUCGAACGAGACGAAGAAGGUGAAAACCGCCGACGCAAGGGAGCGAGAUGACGUGACCGUCGUCGGGGCUGCCAAGACGGUUCAGCUGGUGCGGUUUCGGAUGGACGGGGCUGGGGUUGAUGCCGCUGGAAAGUUGGGACUGGGCGCCGAGCUGCCGCGGGGCUUGCUGGCUUGGGACAUCAUGGAGGCAGUACUCACGUCGGGCGAUUUGAUUCUGUUGGCUUCGUGGGAGGCCGGAAGCUCUACUCUAUCCAUACCUGAAGCGGAUUCAGACGAGGUGCAGAUACUGAGAGAUUAUGGCAAAUAUGAUCGCAGAGAGGCACCGCAGUUUUAUCCCCCGGCGUCUUAG